AUGAAUUCCUACCCGGCUGAGCUCCUGGUCCAACUCGCCCCAGUCAUGUUCGUCAAACUACAAUCUCCCCCACCCACACCCACCAAGUCCCAGGAUCCUUUCGCGAGCCUUGUUGCACGCCUCCGCGACGCCCUCCAGUCGCAGCGCAAAGUCGCGAUAUGGGCACCAGAACGCACAAGGACUUUUCAAAUGAUUCUCGUGGGUAGAGACAUCCGGUUCCCUCCUCGCAAGCUCGUUCCGGCAGAGGACCCUGCAUAUGCAUCCACCCAUUCACUACUCUCGCCCUUGACGCCUUCGUCACCCUUGUAUCCCGACGGCCUGAUUGCGCCCAUAUGGAUACGGAAACACACCGCCUUAGUGCCGAGCGUGUUUGUUUUAUUCCUCCGAUUGUUCGAGGCACCCAUGGUACAUCCCCGGUCUCCCUCGGGCCCACUAGACCCAGAACAUGAACGUGACAAAGCAGAAGAGGAACGCCGAAGAGAUACUGAACUUAGCGCUGGGAUUGCAGCCCGAAAGAAGAUGACCAAUGAACGUGGUAUCAAAUUGACUGCCGUGCUACUUGCGACCAGGAGGAUGCUCGAUGAUCCGUCACUGGAUAGCCGUCUUACCUUCAUCAGAAGACAGAGCGGGCUUGACUCCCGUGCAGCCUUGUUUGUCCUCAGUCCAGUUAGUACAUCUGAAUUGAAUGAUUUUGCGCGCAGUUUACAAGACGCCCUGUACGAAUCUGCUCUCGAAUACUACACCUCACACUCCAAGCGUGUCAGGCGGAAGCGCAAUCGGCACUCUCAAUCUGUUUCAUCCUACAACCCCCCGCCUCUUGUUCCUGUAGGCGCCGUGAGUGCCCGCCCACUACGCCCAGAAGGGUGGACGGUGCGGUAUGAAUACAAGAUGGCAUGUUUCGCAGAGUUCAGGGGUGAGGACGAGGUUGCACUCAAACACUACCAGGAUGCGUACUCGACACUCAUGAUCAUGUUCGGAUCGACUGCUAUCCUGCCCCCUCGAACUAAACGCUGGGCAGAAGCCAAAGUCCUUGCGGACACCAUAAAUGUGAAGAUAAGCAAACUCUACCUGUACAACCACGAGCACUCGCUUGCACUUUCGCACCACAACUCCCACAUGCGCCGGUUCGCAGAUUUCUCACGGGGAUGGGGCAUAGGCGAGGAGACAUUUGAGUACUGGAGUUGGAUGGCGAGACAACACCGUGUCCUCGCAGAGCUUCUAGAACAAGGAUCAAACUCUUCGCUGACGUUCCCGACAAAUAUCCCUCCUUCGCGCACGGCUGUAUCAUCCACGCCCGUGGAGUUGGACGCCGUUCGAGCGCUCGGGUUGAAUCCUAGCCACGCCUUGCAGCAUCCAGGCCAUUACUAUUACAUGGCUGCCCGAUGCACGGAAGUACGCAGGGAGAGGUUCUUGGCCAACGAGGGUGUCUCGCAAGGGACGAGUGCCGCCCCAGGAUACGCAAACGAGAAAAAAGUCGACCAUCUGACGCUAAUUCUCGAGCUGUAUACAAAAUCCUACGAGGUGUUCAAGAAGUAUAACUCCACCACCAGUCAGGGACGCUUGACGCUCUGGAUUGCUUACCGCAUCGCGCAUACAUACUACGAGUCCGAAAAAUUUGAUGUCGCCGUACGAUUCUUCGAGCGGAUAGCAAAGACGUACCGAAAGGAGAAAUGGAACAACAUGCUCCGACCGCUUUUGUCAACGUGGUAUGCUUGUGCGCAGAAACUUAGCGACGUGGAACUUAUGGUGACGCUGCUCGUGGAGAUGAUUGGGUAUGCGCAAGACGCUGAUGAGUCGAGAACUCUACAGAAGGACCUAUUGGCGGUACUCAAGAGUUCAGUUCCUGUAUCAGUAGGGAAGCCACUCGUUGUUGACCUCAAGGAGUCUGAGCCGUUAUUGGACACCAUGCUGGUCUUUUGGACACCCGAAGUGCGCGUCGGCGAAGAGGCCGGAUUCCAACUGUCCCUUGCUGCACCAACGAACAUAGAUCUAUCCGCUCUUCCGGUAGACUCGGUGGUCGUUACGUUCUCCGAUGGUUAUUAUCCUGUGGUACUCCGACAUUCACCCCCCAUAGAUGGCGAAGUGGCAGACACGGUUGUCCGGCUGGUGAAAAUCGGAAAGGUGGCGCCGGAAGAUGAAGACGAAGAGCCAGAGGAAAUUUGCGCUGAUCUUCGGUGGAGGCCAGGCGAGAGACUCGUGGUUUCCGGGAGCAUAUCUUCAGAAGCUCCUGGACCGCUUACUGUCGUGAGCAUCACUGUGAUACUUGCACAAAACGACUGGAUCAUCGAAAUGCCACAUGAGUCAUGCGUCUCUCAUGAAAUAUCUAGGCUCGUGCCAUGCUGGUUGACUUCACUCCAGCCGAUCCGCUUUCUUCAGCUUGGGAGAAACGACUGCUCUAGUGUUAUUGUUCGACAUCGUCCUCAUGAGCUCGCUGUCUCUUUAUCUCAUCAAGCUCCGGCACUACUCGAUGAAGAGUAUCCCAUCGUCAUCGAUAUCACGAACGUCGAUGAGCGGCAUUUGGAUGUUGUUGUCGACGUCCUGUUGCAGCCGACGGAAGUAGAUCAAGCAGCUCAGUGCAUCAUCUUCGAUGACCAGCGUUCAUCUGGAUUGAUCAAAGGCAUCCGACUCGGCACCAUCGCCCCGGGCGUGUCGGCUACCAAGACUCUUUACCUCGUGGGCAGUGGUGCUCCUGGUGAUCGCACGUUAGACAUCUCUAUUCAAUCUACUUCAGUCCAGCCUGGCUCCACGAGUGAAGGCGAUGACGAUGCGGAACAUCCCCGCAGCUCGAGCUCCUUGAGUGCGCACGCGGCGGUUGAUUCAUGCGAGAAGUUGCAAACUAUCGUUAUCCCGACCUCUAGAACUCUGGCGAUCACGUAUGACGUGGCAUACAGGAGAAGCAAGAACUCCAUGCCUGCUUUGGCGGAUCUGUCUACUGUUGAAGAUGACUAUUGGAAUGACUCCUACGGCGGGGUGGCUGUGGUCACGACGAGAAUAGAGUGUUCCAGUCCUUGUGGCUUGGUUAUUGAGAGCUUGAAGCUGCAUCGCCAGGAUAAUCCACUUGCAGAGGUACUCGACUGCUCGUCGGAUGGCAGCAAUGAUAUGUUUCCGGAUGAAUACCUCCCUGGCGACGAGUUCUGCAACGUGAGCAGAAUAUCACUCAGUCCAAGGGAGGAGCAGGUUUCGGGCGAGGAGAAAAUCCCUGGUCCUGGCGAGUAUGAAGUCGUCUGGCGAAGGGUACUUCCUGGAGGUAGUCGUGGAAGACAGUCGAUCACGCGGUUUGCACUUCCGACGCUCGUGGUUCCACAGGAUGGGUUAAUCGCCCUUCUCGACCUCCCUAGCGCUGCGACACUCCAUGUAUCGACUCCCAUACACUUAACAGUCCGUAACCGACACCCCUCCCGCUCCGCCAAUGUCACUGUCACGCUUGACCUCGAUCCCUCUGACGCGUUUAUCGUGGCUGGCUUGCGGAACGGUCGUCUUCCGAUCCUUUUGCCGGGCUCUGAGGAGAGGCUUUCGUGGAAUUUGAUUCCGAUCGAAUGUGGUCAUGUCAAGAUUCCGCAUAUCAAGGUUAUGGACGUGCGACGCGCUGUCCAGCCUUCACAUGGUGCUGGUGUGCCGAGCACAGAAGUUGAUGUGGAAGGAGAGGCGAUAAAGGUGGUUGAUUUGCGUGCUGACUGGAACACUGUGAGCGCAGGCAACAAUUCGGUUGCAACACCUCAGCAGGAUGGUACAAGUACAAUACUGGUACUACCAUGA